GGUCGACGCCCUGUGCCUUCUCCACACCACAUAAAGGCCUCGUUACGCUCGUCGUGACGCUUGAAGACCAAAUUGCAGAUCCUGUGGCGUUUCGGAAUACUGUACACUCCACCCGCACCUCAUCCCCGUCCUCUACCCCUUUGGCCUCUACGAUCACCUUACAAACCCACGUCUUCUCCUUCUCUCACUGCAAGAUAUCUUACAUGGAGCCGAUAAAACGGAACAACUAGUCAACCCCACCGGAUGAGCUUGUUACAACGCAAGGGCAGCUCUUUCACUAACGGUGAGGAGCCGUCCUUCGACGCCUCGUUAGGCACGCCGGCUUUGAUGAAAGACCAUGAAGCUACCGCCGAUGUCCAGGAGCUGCUUGCGCUGUCGGCGCAUGAAGAUGCGAGGCAGCUGGUCCGCCUCAUCCAAUGCUCGCAAUGCUCUAAGCCGUUGAGGAUUCCAAUCACACUCCCCUGCGGACACUCCAUGUGCCGAUCAUGUCUCCCGGAGCCACGCCUUCGAGAGAACAUAUCAUACCCAGAUACGCCUGAUCGACAAUAUGGCAUCCCGUGUCCAAUUCUGGAUUGUGGCGCCGAACAUCCCACUGGCGAAUGCAAUCCGGACGUCACGUUGGCCAAAAUUAUGGAGGUGAUAGCAACCCAGGUGGCGAAACAUCAGUCUGUGACUGAAAACACGCCCAUUCGAGUAGAUGUCUUCUCAAAAACGGAAGAGCAAAAUGUUGAAGAGAAAGAAAAAGUUUCACCAUUUUCACAUUCCCGGAUUCUAAAUGGGGGACGCCUAGUUUCUACAUUUAUUCUGGCCGAGCUCGGAGAACUUCCCUUCGACUCGAGCGUUGCUUACCAGUCUCUGGCUACGACCGACGACGAUUAUCAAACCCUGGACGCCUCUUUGUUGGACAGUCUUCGGGAAGCGGCUCACAAAGAGCUGGAUUGCCAUGUCUGCUACAACUUGAUGUUGGAACCUACCACAACGCCCUGUGGGCAUACCUUCUGCCGGAAAUGCCUUGCACGCGUACUGGACCAUGCCAACCUUUGUCCAGUCUGUCGACGUAGUCUCUCACUGCCUCCGUCCCUGGUGUCCCAACCAUCCAACGGCCGCCUCGUCGAUCUCCUCAAUAGUCUUUGCCCGGAGGUGAUGACUGCUCGUGCCGCUGCGGUCAAGCUAGAAGAAAGCCUCGAAGGGACUGCCCUUAACACACCCCUUUUUGUAUGCACGCUUUCCCUGCCCGCCACACCAACUUUCCUCCACGUUUUCGAACCCCGGUAUCGGCUCAUGAUGCGACGCGCACUAGAUGGCAACCGCCAAUUUGGAAUGGUCAUGUACAACCGAUCCAGAGCACCCCAAGGAGAUCUCGGAAACGUACCAUUCAUGGAAUAUGGGACGAUUCUCGAAAUUACCAACGUGCAAAUCCUCGGCGACGGCCGCAGCUAUGUCGAGAGCAGGGGCGUUGGCCGAUUCCGUAUCCGCGAAUAUUCCAUGCUGGACGGCUACUACGUUUCGCAGGUAGAGCGCGUAGAAGAUGUUUCUCUAGCAGAAGAAGAGCGCCUCGAGGCGGAGGAGACGACCACAGCCUUGGCUGCUGCGCUAGAGGCCCAGAUGCACAUUGGACAACAUCAAACAACACCAACGCAAGAAACGCCCGCAUCACUAAAGCAGUUAUCGACGCGGGACCUGCUUCUCAGCGGCAUCGAAUUCAUCGAGCGCAUGCGCGCUAACAGCGCCCCCUGGUUGAACGAGCGGAUCUUGAUCGCCUAUGGCGGUCCGCCCGCCGAUCCCGCAUUGUUCCCUUACUGGUUCGCGAGCGUGUUACCGAUCGCCGAGGACGAGAAAUACCUCUUGCUAAAGACAAUGAGCGUGCGGGAGCGGCUGAAGAUAGUGAAUCGGUGGAUCCAAAGGAUCGAGCGCCAGAGGUUGGUACCCGCUCACUCUUCUCUUCCCCGUUUCGCUUCUGCCGAGUGAGGUCAGGCAAAGCGAGGCAAGGGGUCAAGAUAUCUAGUAGCAAUGCGAAACCAUGGCUUGUGGCAUUUAGUUAUAAAUGUUCGCGGUGCAUGUGUGUAUAGCGCCUCUUGCCUAGCAAUGCCUUGCCUUGCCCUGCCUGGUCUGCCUGGUCUGCCUUCCCUCUUUCGCUAGAAGUAUGAGUUAGCGUUUCCUGCUAGCAUCCGUGCUGAUAAGAUGUGUUGCUGACAGGAUGUCUGGAAACGCUUGUACAGUACUAUAACCGUUGCGCGCUUUAUUACAGUUCUGCGCUGGAUCAUGUUUAUUGGGAUGCUGGUGAUGCCGUUUUGGCCGCCUUUGUUACCGCC